UUUCAGAGAGGGUAACAAACAGUCAUCAAAAAGUCCACGUUUAAUUCUCAAGUUUCUACUCGCAUACAUAUUUAAAAUCUAAACUACUAAUUAAUCGUUUUACUGCCAGCUAUUGGUUGAGAAAGGCGAUGAUGAUUUCGAUCAGUCACCUACGACGAACUAUUGCUUUGAGCUUGCUGAUUUUUUUCAUCAGUGAAACAACGGGAUAUCCCUCGGGAAUUGAAAUUAUAAAUGCAUCAUUUUGUGUGGUGGAUGUUCUUGAAGCGAUAGUGCAAUACGAGUUGGUCUCAGACGGCAAAGUUAUCGUCAGGGACAGGGACGACGGUGUUUGCAUUUCUUCCCCAGAUCUGUGCAGCUUACCUGCUGGUGAAACCAAAGUGUGGGUUAGAUCUGAAAAAUUUCCGUCCAUUCCUCCAUUUUUCAAGAAUCGAACCUAUAAGGGAAGAGUUCAACUUUUCAAUAAAAACAACAUAAUGUUUCUCUGUGGUGAAGUUGUUGGGAAGGUACGCUAGAAGACGAACACGAGUUAAGACUCAAUAGAAAGACGAGAAGCAUGAGGGAAAGUAAUUCGCUUAAGCAGGAGAAUACAUUAAAAGAGUUGUACGCGUCUUGCAACCCCUGAGAUUGUAAAACAAGGUUUCAAAAUCUAACGUCAAUCAUUAACGAUA